GCAGCGGCUGUGGCAGAGCGCCCUACCACCGCAAACCCAGCCGCCAUCGACACCACAAAGACCCCCAAGCAGCUCGGCUUCACCAUGCCAGGCGAGUUUGAGCCGCACGUGGGCUGCUGGAUGGGUUGGCCCGAGAGCGACGACUCCAAGUACCUCUGGCGGGAGGGCGGAGAGCCAGCUCGCCAGGCUUACGCCAACGUGGCCAAGGCCAUCUCACAGUUUGAGCCGCUGUUCAUGAUCGCCAACCCGGGCGAGCCGGCCGCCAACGCGCGCAAGGUCUUUGCGGAAAGCCCCAACGUGACCGUGGUGGAGAUCCCCAUCAACGACGGCUGGACCCGCGACUGGGGCCCCUCGUGCAUCGCGCGCGACGUGGAUGGCAAGCGCGAGGUGGCGGGCGUGCACUGGGACUAUGACUGCUACGGCGCCCCCGGCAAGAUCGCGCAGGGCCGCCCCGCCAUGAUGCCCAACUGGGACAAGGACGUCGCCGCCGGCCGCGCGCUCCUGACGACCAACGGGCUGCCGGUGUUCGAGGCUCCGCUGCACCUGGAGGGCGGCUCCAUCCACAGCGACGGGCAGGGCACGAUGGUGGUGACCGAGGAGUGCCUGCUGGACCCCAGCCGCAACCCCCACCUCGACAAGGCCGGCAUCGAGAACAUCCUGAAGGAGUACCUGGGCUUGGAGAAGAUCAUCUGGCUGUGGAGGGGCAUGGAGGGUGACACGGAGGUCGUCAACGGCCACGUGGACAACAUGUGCUGCUUCAUCCGCCCGGGCGUCGUGGCCCUCGCCUGGAGCGACAACGUGGACGACCCCCAGCACGAGGUGGGCGUGAGGAACCUGGAGAUCCUGAACUCCACGACUGACGCGCGCGGCCGCAAGCUGGAGGUUGUCAAGGUGCACUGCCCGCCGCCGCUGUUCCGCACCUACAAGGAAGCUGCCGGCGUCGACCCCGAGCACAUCACCAAGGGCUACUGCCCGCGCCUGCCGGGCGUGAGGAUGCCGGCCACCUACAUCAACCACUACGCGGCCAACGGAGGCGUCGUUGUGCCCCAGUUCGGCGGCACCGCUGCAGAGACCGACCGCCUCGCCAUCGAGACCCUGCAGAAGGCAUACGGCCCUGACUAUAAGGUUGUGGGAGUGAAGUCUCGCGAGGUGCUGCUCAACGCCGGCAACAUCCACUGCAUCACUCAGCAGCACGUUGCUGGCUGGUAGACACCUGAAGACACUCGACUCAUGUGGAGAGCAGCUUUCUGAAGGAUGCGCAAGAGACAUAUUUAGGGACAAAGAGCAUGCUUUUUCACAGAUGCGCAAGAGACAUAUUUAGGGACAAAGAGCAUGCUUUCUUACAGAUGCGCAAGAGGGAAUUUUGGCAGUCUUUUUGGCGCCCAGAUGUUGUUUCUAGGCUGCGAACAGAGGUGAAGUGCAUCACAGUUUUAUCAUUUGUGAAUGCCUGAAAAUUUUGUUGGCGGCGGCGCUGUGCCGGUGGCUAGCUCUGUCCAGCUCAGAAGGCGAUCCUGUCCUUUCAAUGCCCCUUCAGAGUUUGUGCUUGGCAACCAUGCAUACAAUUACAAGGGCUUCACUGGCGAUCGGAAUAAUUCACAUGACAGAGAACGACUGUAGCUGCAGCUGUGGCUGAGGACAUAUUGCGACAAUGAUACUU